AUGUGGUUAUUUGCCGUGACACUGAUUUUCAUAGGUCAACGUUCUGCAAGUGCAAGUAAGUAUCAAUAUUAACGUGCUUUUAGGAUCCAAAUGGCUACUCUUUGAGAGUGUGCUAACCUUAGUGUGUGUUGGCAUACAAUUUGCACUGCACAACAGGAGGAAAAAAAAGUCGCCACAAACCAACUUAACAACGGUGUAAUAUAACUUUUAUGAACGUAAGAGAUAAUGAGAUUGUAGGUAAAUACACUUUACAAAUAAACUUUAAGGUGUAUUACGUGUGAGAUCUUGCGUGCAAGACAUUAACUAAAGGAAGUAUAACCUUGAUGUGAAAAAAUAGAAUACAGUGAUGAAGCACCAAUAAUGAGAUUAAGCAUUCAGGCUAAAGAACUCAGUUUUAAUUAAAGCCGUCAUUGUAGGUGCGGUAUUUCGUUGAAACGUGGUCUGAAACGUUUGUUUACUCUUAAAACCAAAGAAAAACACGAUUUUUUGAGUCGAUAAUUUGUAAUACACCCGAAUUUCUCAUUUCAUGUUUGAGCUAUGUUUAUUUACAGCCAUAUUUUUAUCGCAUCGUAUCGUUCAUUUAAAAAGCUGAAAGUGAACGCAAGGAAAAAUAGGAGACGGUUAGGGAUAAUUUAGCAGCAUUACAAAGCGCCCACGUCUGGUUAUCAGCGUUUCCGUCGCAUAUACCGACGCAUACGCGAGUUUAAAGACAGCUUACAAGUAAAAAUUCAGUGGUUAUUACUUGGAUCCAAAUAAUAAUGUAUCUGUUGUUUUGUAGACAUGUAAUUGAGAAGCGUCUUGGCCUUGCUAAUCCAGAUAAAAAUCUUAACGUCACGUUCAGCCUACUCUGCAAGCUCGUUUUAUUUUAGCUUUUGCAUCUGACUUUAGCUUUUAUCAUGCUACUCGGAGCCACCAUUACUCUAUACGAUUAGGUCCAUGGGGUAACUCUCAAAUAUAAGUCCUAUUUGUGUGAUAUUAUACUAACGUACAUAUUGUUUCUAAGCAUCAGAAUGUAGCAGCGAAUUUGGAAUGCAAGACAAAAGAAUCCCAGAUAAUGGUAUUACGUCAUCGUCUGAGCUAAGCGCCAAUCACGCACCUGCAUUUGCUCGGCUGGAUGGACCGAGAGCCUGGUGCUCAGCUCCGGGAGAUAAAUCACCGUAUAUACAAAUAACUUGGGACGACGAAAACCUUAUAACAGCGAUAACAACCCAGGGAAGUUCACGCGAUUCUAGUUGGGCCAGAAAUUUUGAAGUUACAUACACGAGAGACGAAAAAUGGACAUCGUACGGAAAGGUAACUUUUUCUGAAAGCUACCAGUGAUGUUUUUACCAGCAUUAUAAAGUUACUGUCGACGUAACAAACAAAACCACUUUUUUUUUUCAUAAUGACUACUUUGUCAUUACCAUUCACAUUGAAGGGAACAAAACGCAAGCAAAUGGCGAAACGAUGUGAUAAUCACCAUUACGGUGUUGAUGCUUGCGGUUUAGAUUUCUGACAUCUCGUUGGCUCUUUUCGGAACAUAACAACAUUCUUUACAUAUAUCUUGUAUUCUAUUCCCGUGGAGCCUAAACUACUGCUGAGUUUAAACACACAAACCCAAAACUGAGAAAAUAUCGCGACUACGGUGUCACUUGCAAAUAUUUGAUGACACAUUACAAAUACAUUCAUUAUUACAAGUUUUAUCGCUAUUAAAAACAAAGCUCCAUAAUUUUUUUUGCUAACAUAGCUAUUACUGAGCUAGGAAUAUAAACAUAGGCCUUUUUUUCUGUUUACAGCUACUUAAAGGUAAUCGAAACAGCAGAUCCUUGAAAAAGAAUGUCUUCAAGCCACCAAUUAGGACACGAUCAAUCAGGAUAUACCCAAAAGACCCGUUUAGGUUUUUGAUGGUUCCUGUGGUUCCUUGUCUUAGAUUGGAGCUCUAUGGAUGUUCUGCUCCAGGUAGGUAA